UUGUCCAGACACAGGUGUAACCUCUGCAUUUCACAGUAUAUAUGAUGACACUGUCAGUUCCCUGGGAGUCCUUUAUGCAACAGCGCUUCUUUCUCAUUUCUCCCUGAAUCUGUGGGCGAGCGACAUUUUAUAAAGCACCACAGACUGCUGUGUUGAGUAUUGCUGAGCUGUGGGGAUCCCAGAUGAAGACCUCAAUCAUCUGCAUCACCUGCUCUUCCCUCUUUUUCUGGUGGAACAUGCCACUUCUGAUGGUCCGUGCAGGAGGAAAUCAUGAACCCUGUGAGGGCCGAGACUGUUCCAGCUGCCCGUGUUUCCCAGUUAAAGGAACUCGAGGAGCUACUGGGUACUUGGGGAAGGCAGGCCCCCAGGGUCCCAGUGGGCCUCCAGGUCCCAGUGGGCCUCAAGGAGAAAAAGGACAAGGGGGCGACGUAGGGCUGCCAGGGCAUGCAGGACCCACCGGAGAUGUGGGUCUGACUGGUAGUCCUGGAUUCAUGGGGCUCAGUGGUGUUCCUGGUCACCCAGGUGAUGGAGGCCGUCUGGGGGUCCCUGGGCGAGACGGCUGUAACGGGACGAAGGGUGACCCUGGUCCUCCUGGGGUUCCUGGGUGGCAUGGAAUUCUAGGGAUGCAGGGUACUGCAGGAACGAAGGGAGCCAGAGGAGAUCCGGUGUACACCCAUCUUCCUGGAGUUCCAGGAGAUUCAGGAUUACCAGGCUUAUCCGGCCCACCUGGGGCGCUUGGGAUAGUUGGUGUUCCAGGCUUACAGGGACCAGCUGGACCUAUAGGACCAUGGGGUCUGCCAGGUCUUCCUGGCCCAAGGGGACCUCCUGGUGAUUGGGGAAGAUCUCUUCCUGGACCGAAGGGUGACGAGGGAGGGCAGGGACCUGAUGGUGACCCUGGACCGUUUGAGUUUGUGACCCUGCCAGAUGGAAUCUACCCACAAGGACCCAAGGGGGAUCAAGGUGCCAAAGGCCAACGUGGACCCCCUGGUGUCAAUGGAAGAGACUCCCUGUCAGGAGAAAAGGGAGCAAAAGGAGUCGUUGGCUUUCAAGGUCCUCGGGGUUUACCUGGUCGUCGUGGUUUGCCUGGUAUUCCUGGAAUAAAGGGUUACAAUGGAUACCCUGGGCUUCCUGGUUUAACAGGCAACAGGGGGCCAAAGGGCUUCAGUGGAGACCCCGGCAUGAAGGGAGACUCCGUAUUUGAACUCUACAACGUCACAGGUUCUCCUGGUGACCCGGGCCUGCAUGGCCCACCUGGAGAACCAGGGGACACAGGAUCAAUCGGCAUGCCGGGACAUCGAGGGCGGCCCGGUCAGUCCUACCCAGGUUUAGCAGGUAACCCGGGAAGCCCUGGGCCAGAGGGGGAAAAAGGCGUGAAGGGGAACCCAGGAAGGACCCGUCCAACCGAAGGAGAGCCAGGAAUUAAAGGUCUCCCAGGACCCAGUGGGCUCAGGGGCCCAGCUGGACACCCAGGGCCAGGCUGCCACCCUGGGGACCCUGGCACACCCGGACCACCAGGAGAUCCUGGGAGACGUGGCGAACGAGGAAGGAAGGGAAACAAAGGCUACCCUGGGGAGUGCCAAUGUGAUGGCCAUUGGCUUCAGGUGCCGGGUCUUGUAGGCCCUAUGGGCCCUGCUGGACCUCUGGGGGGCAACGGUCAACAUGGAGAAAGGGGAGACAGGGGUGACCCAGGAAAUAUAGGACUGCAAGGGCCGCCCGGGCUUCCAGGACUGCCUGGCCCCUCAGGGGUAAAAGGCCAGAAAGGCAACCCCUACACAGCAGCAAUUAAAGGUGUAAAGGGUGACCUGGGCUUUCCCGGCUCCUUAGGACCUCACGGCGUUCCUGGGCCUGAUGGGAUACCUGGUGCCCAAGGUGUCCCUGGUGAUCACGGGCCACCGGGGGACACUUAUCCAGGAUUUCCGGGUGAUUCAGGGAAUAUGGGUGUCGAAGGUCCUAAGGGUCCACCAGGUCCGAUGGGUCCCCCUGGUAAUGGAAUCGUGGGGCCGAUAGGGCCACCGGGGCCCCCAGGUGACCAGGGUCGCCCAGGUUGGCCAGGGCCACCUGGUCUUAAAGGUCCUUCAGGUACUGACCUUGAUCCAGGUGAUGUGCUGCCAUGUAUACCCAGCCAGCCAGGCACGCCUGGGGCCAAGGGUAUGAUGGGAUACCCAGGGAGCCCAGGAGAUCCAGGGCGUCCUGGUAUUAAUGGAAUGCCAGGUUAUGAUGGGCCUAAGGGACAGAAAGGAGAUAUGGGGGAGCAAACUCAAUAUGGACCCAAAGGGAUUCCAGGACCCCUGGGUGACCCUGGAGAAAGGGGCUUUGAUGGACCCAGUCUUGAUGGCAUCCCUGGCGCACGAGGUCCAGAGGGGCUGCCUGGACUGAAGGGGGUGAUUGGGAUGGCAGUGCCCGGAAGUCCAGGCAUUAUAGGACUCAGAGGACCGCCUGGUCUUCCAGGCCCUAAAGGAUUACGAGGACUGUUGGGUCUACCUGGAGCUGAAGGGCCAGGAGGGUCUCCUGGAGCAGAGGGACACAGAGGUGUACAAGGUGACCAAGGAGAGCCAGGCCCUCCAGGGCCCAAAGGCAGGGCACUGUGUGUUGGACCCCCAGGUCAGCCAGGACCACCAGGCUACAAUGGUUUCCAGGGCCCUCCAGGCUCUCAGGGUGAGAAAGGUGAGGUGGGAAGUGUUGGACUGGCAGUUGGUGGCUCAAAGGGCCCUCCUGGACCAACUGGCCCACCUGGGCUCCCUGGAGACCCUGGAGCGCCAGGAUCCAUGGGCCAUCCUGGAGACAGCGGUAGGCCUGGUGUACCUGGGCAGAAAGGCGUCCAGGGGCUCCCUGGCGAAAAAGGUUCACAUGGCUACCCAGGGCUGCCUGGCCCAUCUGGUCCUCCUGGAAGGAAGGGAGAUAAUGGAGCCAAUGGCUGCCCUGGACCCCCUGGUGAACAUGGACUUAAAGGACUAAAAGGGAGCAAGGGCCAUACAGGGAAUCCUGGAUCUGUGACCAAAGGGAAUAAGGGAGACCAGGGUCCCUGUGGCCCAAACGGAUUUUCAGGACCCAGAGGAGAGAAAGGUACGGCUGGGUACAAAGGACGACCUGGUGAUCCCGGACCACCAGGACCUCCUGGGAUGGUGAAGGGACCCCUGGGGUUACCAGGGUCACCGGGAUCAAUUGGCCCAAAAGGCUGUCCUGGUUCCCGUGGCUCAAUCGGCAUCAUGGGAUUCCCAGGAAUCCCUGGUGAUCAGGGUGAUCCAGGGUUCCAUGGACCUCCUGGCAACCCUGGAAUUCCAGGACUUGUAGGUAUGAAAGGCGAUAUUGGAGAAUCUAUAGGUAUUCCAGGGCCAUCUGGAGAAAAAGGUGUCCCGGGAGAUGACAGGCAUGGAUGUGAUCAUCCUGCAGUUGAACCAGGCGAUACAGGUGACCCAGGUUGGCCAGGUGCUCCGGGGUUAACUGGACCCCCGGGUCAUCCUGGAUCUGCAGGACCUCCUGGCUUUCCGGGUUCUUUUGGUCAAGAAGGUCCACCUGGUAAUCAUGGGCCUCAAGGUCCAGUAGGGCCCCCUGGACGUCCUGGACCUAAGGGAUAUCCUGGACAGCCGGGUGAUAGAGGUGCACCAGGAACCAUGGGUCUGCCUGGGCUGGAUGGUUUGAAGGGGCAGAAGGGUGAAAAGGGCGCAGGAGGUUCAAAUAUGCCAGGUCCUCCAGAGCCCCCAGGAUCCCCAGGUGUCAAGGGACCUAUAGGCAGGCAGGGGCCUCCAGGGGCUGCGUAUCAAGGCUCAAACGGCCAGCGGGGCCCAAAUGGACAGCCAGGUCUUCCAGGGCAGCCUGGGUUCUCUGGUGCAAAAGGAAAGGACUGCAGGAUUGCCAUCCCUGGGCCGCCCGGAGAUCUGGGCUUACCUGGUGCAAAUGGGUGGCCAGGACCACCGGGUGAAGAUGGACUUCCAGGUCCAACAUAUUCAAUCCCAGGUGACCCAGGGUACCCUGGGCAAUCAGGGUGUGCAGGGCUGAAAGGAAAUGCAGGCCCCCCCGGUCUUCCUGGACACCCUGGGGACCCGGGUUUGCCAGGUCUCAAGGGUGAUAAAGGGCCGCAGGGGGAAAUGGGUGAUCGGGGGCCAUCUGGCCGCACAGGACAACCGGCGCUCCCAGGGCUCAAGGGAGACAAAGGAAUAGCUGGAGAAAGAGGCCCCCCUGGACGCCCUCCAUUUCCACACAGAGGGCCCCCAGGUGACCCAGGGCCUAUGGGUCCUCCAGGUCUCCCAGGUUCUCCUGGCUUACCAGGAAGCCCUGGAACACAGGGAAGGAAGGGUGAACCAGGGCCAUUAGGGCUCCCCGGGCCAGACGGGCCCCCUGGGCCCCCAGGAGUUUCAGGUGACGUGGGUGUUCCGGGGGAUGAAGGCACUAUGGGUCUACAGGGUCCUCCUGGUUCCCAGGGAGAACCAGGGCUACCGGGGCCUUGUAGGAAUUAUUACUCUAGUUAUCCACUGGUGAUACACAGCCAAUCAAAUGCAGUUCCAGUCUGUCCAUUAGGAAUGGCCCCUCUCUGGAGUGGCUACAGUCUGCUCCACUUUGAGCGUCAGGAGAAAGCGCAUUUACAGGACCUAGGUGAAGUUGGGUCGUGUUUAAGAGUAUUCAGCACCAUGCCGUUUGUUUACUGCGACGCUGCUGCGUGCAGCUAUGCCAGCCACAAUGACAAAUCCUACUGGCUGGCAUCCGCCACGCCCAUGGCCGUGAUGCCGGUGUCGGGCCCCGAGAUUGCGAGCUCCAUAAGCCGCUGUGUGGUGUGUGAGGGUCAGUCUCCUGCCGUCGCCGUUCACAGCCAGGACAUGUCCACACCACUCUGCCACAAGGGCUGGAGGAGUCUGUGGAUGGGAUACACCUUUCUUAUGCACACGGGGGCUGGUGACACGGGGGGUGGUCCAUCCUUGGCCUCCUCAGGUAGCUGCCUCAAGGACUUCCUCAGCCAACCGGUCAUUGAAUGCCAGGGUCCACGGGGAACCUGCCACUAUUUUUCUAAACUUCACAGCUUCUGGUUAGCUCGUGUGGAUAUGGCUGAGCAGUUCAUCUCCGCCCCCUCAUCAGCUAUACUCAAGGAGGAGUGGCAACAGCGUCAACAAGCCAGCAGGUGCAAUGUCUGCAUUAAGGAGUGAUGCUCUUCUUCAUUUAGACCUACUGGAUGAAGGUAUCACAUAACGUAGCUGCCAUUUCAAUAAACAGGCUACUUAUUAGAUGAAACGCAUACAGUAAUACAUAAUGUGGAUUACAUAAUCACCAACUGUGUAAUUGUAUGUGACAAAUUCAAGGCAUGUAAAGAUUCACUCAUUUUAUAAUUUGGUUCAAUUCAUGAUAUUGGAUUCAUGAUGCGAUUUUCCUAUGAUUAAAAUAAUAAUAAUAAUAAUAAUAAUUUA